CAAUUUCCUGCCGCGCCCAGCAUGGCGGCCGGCGGGCCCUCCGUGUCGGAGGCGUCCCACCGGGAGACUGGAAAGCCCGGCGAGCUAGAGAGGUGCUGCCGCGCACUCGCAGCCGUGGAGGCCGCCAGGCCCUGCCCCUGCAGGGUGGACGAGCCCAAGCUGGAGCUGAGCUCGGGGCUGGACGUGGGCAGCCAUGAGGAGCGGAGCGGCUCCCGCCCGCUCUGGAAGCCCGGGCAGCCCUCGGCGGCGGCCGCGCUGCUGGAGCGGUGCCUGGCGGCGGGCGCCGUGACUCAGGAGACAUUGGAUUUGACUCGCAGAGAAACGCCAUGCUUUGUGAAAUUCUCAGAGAUGGAAAAAAUGGCAAACAUGCAAGCUGAAAUCAAUGAGAUAAAACUGAAAACUGAAAUGAUGCAGUUGGAGAAUGAGACAGCAGACAUUACUCACCUUUUUUACUUAGGGAAAAAGUAUGAGAUUUUGCAAGAUAUGAACAAUCACUUGGAAGCUGUACUGAAAGAGAAGAGGGCUCUCAGAAAGAGGUUGAUAAAACCCAGAUAUCAAGAGAGCCUGCCUAUUGAAGCUACUUUCCACAAGUGUAUAGUAGAGUUGUUGACUGAUGCUGUGACUUUCACUGGGAAGCUUGAAAGCCAUUUGCAGUCUGUAAGAAGCAUCCCUCAGGUACCGAAUAUGAUGAAGAAUAUGGACACCGCUUUGACAAAAACAGAGGUGUUCGUGAUGGAAUUGGAGGAGCUGACAGAGCAAAUACUGAAAUGGAGAGAACUGCAAAAAGAAGUGUAUUCUGACAGCAUACGCAAUCGUGCUGAAUUGGACUUUGGCUUAUAUUUAACCUAACAAAUCAUUUUCCUCAAAUAGGAUUUCCUCCUUCAAAAAACUACCUUCUUAUGGUCUUCUGUGAAAACUGCAACACAGCUGUGCUGUAAUCCAGCAGAGACUUUGCAGGUAGUUGUAUUUCUGUUAUUAAGUAACAGUUCUCCAACUAUUUACUGGAAAAAAAGGAUAGUGAGCAGUAGCUCACAGGAAGACAGGCUAUUGAGAAGCCUGUUAAGGAAUUACUUUUUGGAGUAGCUGGAUAGGAUUCCCUUGGAGGCUGUAUCUUCAAUGGAAAUUUGUUUUGAUAAUUUCUUAUGCAUUUGCUCUAGUGUCUUUAUUAAUUUUUUUAAGAAUCUUGAUAAAACAUUGUAUUUUUUAUGCCACUUUAAUAAAAGCACUAGAUUUCAAGAACUC